AUGUGCAGUAGGGACAACACAGAUAAGCAGCUUGAUCCGCUUGACAAAGUCGAUUUUAACCCUGUUUUAGCUAUGCCGUCAGGCCACAUUUUUCCUCUCGUUAACACAGAGGAGGGAUAUGUAUACGGAAGCACGACUAACAACGCACUCCAGACUUGCCGAGACGAGUUCGUUAAUCCUAGUCUCUUGUGGGCUGCAACCGAGCAUUCAUACGCACAUCCCGCGUACAACUGGCCACAGGACACGUACGAUGCUGGCGCUUCCAUCCCACUAGUUCCUGUCCCCGCCGGAGUUCCUCUUACGGAAGGAGAGGCAGACGUAGCAAGCGUGUUACUCAAUUCUGGAAAUGCGCGCUUUGAGGACAGGCAGGGUGUUCCUCUACCCGUCCGGCAUGGAUUUCAAGAUGCUGAUGAUCCGUUCGACAGGCACGCACAACACAUGCUCGGGCAUGGGGAAGCACUUGACCCCAGACCGUUGCGCUUCAUACACAAAGGUUGUGGCAUACCCUGUGACAAAGGCAUGCAUCUAUUCGAUCCAUCAUAUUUCGAUGCCAAAUAUGAUUCAGAAUAUCAUCUGCGUCUCUUUGAAGACAGCGAGCGCGUUCGCUACCUGCUCAUCCCGCCGGAAGUUGCCGCCGUGUACCCCGCCCCGCGCAUUCCCAUCAUUUUUAUGACAGAUGUAGGGGCUGUUUCGCCCACGUCCGUUCCGCCUCAAGCUGAUUCAUCUUCUGCACCGCACGUCCCCCCAGUGUUCCAACUUACCGCCCCGGCCGAAGAUGCCCCGCUGUGCAUCUCGAAUACCGUAGACGGUCUCUCGGGCGUGGUAUCGCCAAAGACCUGCUUGUGGAACGGAUGCGGUGCGCUGCUGGCGGACCUCUCGCAGGCGGGCGUUCGACUGCACUUUGAAGAGUGCCACGCAGGCGAUGGUGCACGGGCAAUGUGCCUUUGGGAGUGGUGCGGGAGGGAGAUGCAGCGAAGGAACCUGGUCAAGCACGGCGACUACUCGCCGACAUUCCGCACAACCUAA